AGUCAAAACGAUUAAUAACUAGUAUGCCAUGGCAUGGAAUAUGCUUCUUUAGAUUAUUCAGUUUCAAAUAAGUCAAAAGUGAUUUCGGUUAGUAACGAUAGAUAAAGAAAUAAGUGUUUUUGUAAAUUAGUUAUACGCCCACUUUAUAAAAAGUGGACGAAAUAUUGUAGGUUACUGUAGUCAUGUGAAGUCAAUUGAAUUCAAUAAAAAGUGUUUCUACGACGAAUUUGUUAUUUUGUUUUAAAGAUUUAAAAAUUAUAAAUAUUAAGGAUAAUCUGUUCAAUAGACAACUAUAUUUAGUUUAAAAUAUCAACACAGAUAAAGCCAUGGGUAAAAAGAAUAAAAAUGAUUUGAAAAAUGACAAUAUCGACAAAAAUAACUCGGAUUCCGGAAUUCAGAAAAAGACAAAGAAAAAAAAAUUAAAUAAGGAUAAGUCUGAAAAAGCGGCAAUGUCUAAAAAGAUCAUAUUUGACAACGAAGCUCAAACAUCAAAUGAUAAAGAUUCGCCACAAAUGGAAAUUAAUACUUCAAUAACAACAAAGGAAGUGUCAAAAACGAAACCAAAAAAUAAUAAAAACAAGAAAAUAAUAUUUGGAGACGAUGACGAACCGCGAGAUGUAUCUCCAAAUCGCAAUGACAGAAAUAGUAACAAAAAUAUAAACCUCAAUUAUGAAGAGGAGCCAAAAGAUGAAGAUAUCGAUAAGUUUUGUGACGAAAUAGACGAAGAGGACAAUGAACAGUAUGAAAAUUGGAUUAAAUUAGUAGAGGCAAAGUUGAGUUCAAAUAAAAGAAAAGUAUAAAAGUUGUUUUAAUAUAAACAUGUGUUGCAUAUA